AAAAGCCACAAAUAGGUUAAAGAAUGGGUGGAGAGAAGAAGAAGAAGAAGAGGGACACCACCGUGAUGGAGACGGUGGUGGUGGAGGAAGAGCCGCUCAGCCCAUGCUCACGGCUGUUCAAUUCGCCGGAUUUUAACUGUGCCAUAAUUGUCACUAUGGGAUGUAGAGUCAAAGCAAACCCACCUGCCAUUGUCGACGGCCUUAAACACACCCUUGUUAACCACCCUCGCUUCUCAAGCAUUUUAGAGAUGAACAAUGGGAAGAAAGGGAAACCGUGUUGGGUUCGAACAAAAGUUAGAGUAGAAGAUCAUGUGAUUGUGCCAGAUAUAGAUCCCAAAAUUGAAAAUCCUGAUAAGUAUCUUGAAGACUAUAUCUCUAAGUUAACAACUAUUCCUAUGGAUUUGUCUAAACCAUUAUGGGAAAUGCACAUACUAAACCUCAAAACAUCCAACGCUGAAUCAAUAGCCAUUCUCAAGAUCCAUCAUUCUUUGGGUGAUGGAAUGUCUCUCAUGUCUCUUUUCCUAGCUUGCACCCGCAAAACAUCAAACCCCGAGGCUUUGCCUACUGUUGCGGUUCAGAAAAAACGCCUUGUACCGAGCUGCAACAGCGGGUUUUUCAACAAGAUUUGGUGGUUAUUUGUAGUGCUCUGGUUCAUCCUAAGGUUGCUAUUCAACACUUUUGUUGAUAUCUUAAUGUUUGCUCUUACGAUAUUAUUCGUGAGGGAUACAGAGACUCCUCUCUUGGCCAAACCUGGAAGUGAACUUAUCCCUAAGCGGUUCGUCCACCGGAUUAUCAGCUUUGACGAUGUGAAGCUGGUGAAAAACGCAUUGAAAAUGACUGUAAACGAUGUUCUUCUUGGAGUAACGGAAGCUGGACUUACGCGGUACCUGAGCCGUAGAUAUGAUCAAGAAGCAACACCAAAAUCGAAAGAGUCGAUGAGGAAAAUCCGACUUCGAUCAGCUAUUAUGAUUAACUUGAGACCAAACGCAGGAAUUGAGGCUCUAGCGGAUAUGAUGGCGAAGAAAUCGAAAUGCAGAUGGGGAAAUCUAUUCGGCUACAUUCUACUACCGUUCUCUGUUGGGCAAGAGACCGAUCCUCUAGAAUACGUGCGCCGAGCUAAAGCCACCGUAGACCGCAAGAAACACUCUCUCGAAGCCGUAUUCUCCAUGGCAUUCUUUAAAGUUAUAUUAAAAGUUUUUGGACUCAAGGCAAGUGUAGUUCUUGUAAGGAAAGUGAUCCAUAGCACAACGUUGUCAUUUUCAAAUGUGGUCGGUCCAAAGGAAGAGAUUACCUUCCAUGGUCAUCCACUAUCUUAUAUCGCCCCUUGUGUUUUUGGCCACCCACAUGCUCUUACUCUACAUUUCCAGAGCUAUGCGAACAAGGUCAUAAUAUCGGUAACUGCGGAUCCAACGAUCAUUCCUGACCCUCACAAGAUGUGUGACGAUUUGGUGGAGUCUCUCAAAAUCAUUAAAUCCGCUGUCCUAGAAAGAGGGCUAUAUGAGAUCGAGGUCUAGUUUAUAAAAGCUCUUUUGUUGUGUGUCACACUAUGGACUCUAAAUUAAUAGUUUAAUACCUUACGAUUUUAUUAUAAU